CUCAGAGAACAGCAGGAAAGAUGGUCCAAACCACGGUGACUGUGAAUAGGCUUGAAAUGGCCUCUGUGCUCCCCCAGUCCACUCAUGUCAACAUCCACAUCCACCAGAAAUCAGCUUGGGAGCAGCUGCUGAAAGCCAUGGUUUCCCUGAAGUUUCUCUCCUGCCCUCAGGACACUGGGCCCUCCAAGGCCAACAUCCACCAUGGGCAGCUGGCUCUAGGGGUGACCCAGGUAUUGCUGGGGCUUGUGAGCUAUGUUCUUGGAGUGUGUGUCUACUUAGGGCCCUGGACUGAACUGUGUUCCUCUGGCUGUGCCUUCUGGUCAGGGUCUGUGGCGAUUGUAGCUGGAGCUGCCACCAUUGUUCAUGAGAAACGACAGGGAAAACUGUCUGGCCACAUAUCUCUUCUGCUCAUCCUGGCUUGCAUUGCUACAGCUGUGGUUGCUACUGUUCUGGGUGUGAGCAGCUUAAUCUGGCAAACGAGCGAUUUCUACCAUGUCAAGAUCAGUUCCACGUGUGACUCCUUACAGUCUGGCGUGGGCAGUGAGUAUGGGAUAAGUGACUCACCCUGGAAGACGGAAAGGUGCAGAGAGUACCUGAACAUGAUGAUGAACCUGUUCCUAGCAAUUUGCAUCAUGCUCACCGUUGUCUGUAUCCUGAAGAUUGUCGUGUCUUUGGUUUCCCUGGGACUGAGUCUCCGAAGUAUGUGUGACCGGAGCUCCCAGGCCCUGGAUAAGGAAGAGACAGAGAAAAAGCUUCUUGGGGGAGAUUCAACACCUCCCUCCCCAACCAAGGAGAUUCCUGGUAUCCUAUGAAUUGCUACAAAGACUCUGCCUGAGCCCGCAUGUGUCCCUGCACAGAGCAAUCCUGUUCACAGGGCCUCUGCUGGUCCUACAGUACACACCUAGUUCUGAUGUAGCCACUAUCCAGCUCUUUCUCUUCCCCUCCCCCACGGUCCUCACUCCAAUGUCCUUUGUUUCAUAAACAGAUACUGUGUCAUUUCCCCAAUGCUAAUUAAGCAGAAACAACCAGAAAAAAGAAACCUUCUUGAAGAGAGGUGU